GAAUCGGUGAAAAGCAAUUGAAUCGGUUAGAUGGACAUUAUAUAGCUCUUUCAAAUCACAGAUUCUCCCCGAUUUCGCCAUUCUCUCUUCCCAUGUUCAUCCCUAUCUCCCUUCCCGGUGAAUCGGCACAACCACUCAUUUGACCAUUCAACCAUGAAAUUAUCCACCGCCCCAUGGUUCCUCUCUUUUUAACCACCAUCAACCGCUGAUUUUGUUUUGUCUUCAAACGACAGCCACACAGCUCAAUAUGUUUGCCUUCAUGGCUUCUUAUUUCUCUCUCAACGAGAAACCCUAAUCGCAUCAACUCAGCCACACUCUCACAUUUCUCAAUUAUAAGGCUCUCUAAAAACAGGAUCCAUUUGGCACCAAAUUUGGCCAUCAUGGGUAUUGUUCCAAUAACCUGUGGGUGUUGAUUAAAAAUAAAAUCAUGGAGCAAUCUGAUAGUAGCCCACCUUCCUCAUGGGAAAGUAUUCAAAAUUCGUUGUUAGCUUUAAAUGCUCCACAAAAGACAUGGCGAUCGAAUUGUGGUUGGAUAUUUCCAAAUACAAGGAAAAUUUGAUGAAAUUUAUUCAAAGCAGAGAACUUGAAGCAAUUGCAGGCAAGUAAUGCUAAUGUGGCUUAAUUACCUCCGGGGACUGAAAAUAGCAAGCAUGCAAAUGUUGUUGGUGUUAAGGAAGAAGAGGAAAUGUCUGAUGCUAUUUCUUUUAGAUGAGAAAAUCAUGUUGUUGGGAGCGUCAUACAGUCUCAAUUUUAAGGAUCAAUUGACGUUUUCGUCAGAGGAGGGUGGUCGGCUUGAAGACGAUGGUGGUCGGCUUGAAGACGAUGGUGGCCAACAACAGAGAUAUGGAGGAAGAUAA